GCCGUUAAUAGACCCUCGCACAACGUCCGCGUCGAGCAGUCGUCGUUCGAACGCGCUUGGCAACGCAUCGCGACGCCACCCACAACUCCAAAAAUUUACGCUCGCCACGCACCGCGCAGCAACACGUGCUUGUGAAUCCAUUCGAAAUCCAACAUUCAACAUCUCAGCAACACCAACGCAAAACAAAAUAAUUAAUUAUCUAUACGUAUAGAUUGCAUUCAAAAAAAUUAAACUGCGUCAAACAUUUAAUCAGUUGACUUUGUGAACUUGUGAUCAUGAUCGAAGAAACUUUACCGCGUGCGAGGCGCCUGCAAACGUAGGAAAGGAAGUAUUGUGUGCUCACAUGUGCGAAACUGUUGUUAAUUAGUUAGCAAAGUGUUGAUUGUGCGGCGGUGCGUUAUCAAGGAGCAAGGAGCGUCCCACCCACCCGAAAGUGCGCGCCGAGUGCACGUGCGGAGCGUAAUAACCCCGCGCUAGCCCCAGCGCGCUUGAUUGACAUUAAGUGGAUUAUAUUGUGGAUACUCCUGUCGACGUGCGGUGGAAAAUCAUCAUUUAUGGGGAUUUCACCGGCUUUUAAGGUGUGGGCAUUUUUGCUGCUAGCCACCUGCGCGUACGGCAAAUCAUACUUUUGCGAACGUGGUGAGCAAUACUUCAACCACGAGCUACAGCAAUGCGUCGAUUGUACGCGAUGCAACGCCACCGUCGGACUAAUUGUCCUGCAACCAUGCGAGAUCCACCGCGAUACAGUUUGCGGUCCGAUCAGCAAACUCGUCGAGGGUAUCCGCAUACGCCAUCAGAACCACCAUCAACACCACCCGCACCAUCCGCAUCACGGUGUGCCUGAUGACGCGUCCCGCGGGCGGGACGCCAACACGCAACCGGCCCCGUUUAACAGCAUGGAGGCCAUCGUCUGGGACUGGCAGGCGAUUGCGCUUACGAUGGCUGUCUUCACCUGCAUUCUCUUUUUUGUCAUCAUCACAUUGUACUCCAUGCAUCAGGCUAAGCAAUGGAGACGAUUAAAAGAGAAUUUUGAUUCAGAUGUCGAAGAACUUUCGGCACGGCUGAGUCUAAUGGCGGCCAACAGUCAAGAGAAGGGGGAGGUUUUGGAACCAUCGAUGGGGCCCAUAAGGGAUGCCAAAAGCAUCAAGAAUCGAUGCAUGUAUUUAGAACAAUUAAUUCAAGUACGCAAAGAGAAAAAUCCAAACAUAGAAACAGGUAACGUCUACAUCGAGGAAUCUCCAUCAACGGGAAAACCGACAUAAACGAGUCUUUCACGACUUGCUCCGUGCGUCAUUCAGUGUUAAAUGUUUUAACCAACAAUGAUCAAUGUAGUACCAUAAACUCGGCCAUCAAAAUUAAAACCAACCAAUAAUAUCAAACAUAAAUAAAUGUUUUGCAAGGAAAAAUUGCAAGGAAUUAAAAUUUAAACAAAACGACCAUUACUACUUGUGUAAUUUGUUUGUAAGCAACAAAAGUGUAAAUAAUAUUCGUAAAAACUUGUAUAGUAAACUGUAGGAGAUUUAUUAAUAAAAUUAUUUAUUAUGUUUUAAACCAA